CUCCUCAGGACGAUUGAGAAUCGGUGUUCAUCCUUUUCAUCUGUGGCGAAUACCUAAUUCAACCUCAAACCCGUUUUCUUUUCACAUUCCCCCUCUUUGCUUUUCCCCUCCCCCCACCCUUCGAAUCUGUUCCCUCACUCGUCUUCUCUGUGCGGGCGCGCGCGCGCACAUCAGCCUUGCUCCUGUUCAGGUGGUAUCUUCUUGGUUAUGAUAUCUGUGCCUGCGGGAAACGUGUGGUCCGUCCUAACCCACCGCAUAGAGCCGUUCUUGGCUUCUGGGUCUGGUCGCGUCAGGGCUCUGCAUGCGUGCGUUGAUGCUGGAGAGCUAAGAUACGGGCCUGUGGUCGAAGUAAUACCGGACUCGGACGCCCGGAUUGGGUAGCCUUCUGCUUCUGCAAGAAAGGUGGAGUUUUUCCAUGGAGUCAGUUAUCAUCUCCGGUCUCUGUUAGGACAAGGGAGUUGGUAAUUUCAUUCAGCUGAAGCGGCGCGAGAUUAGGUCGGUCGUCGCGGUAUUGGUUGGUUUCGGGGGUAUUGUUUCACGGGUUAUGUUGGUGAAAAUCUUGGAAAUUAGAAGCUCUUGUGGUUAGAGAAAGCAAGAAUGAAGAGAGGGAAAGAUGAUGAGAAGAUCAUGGGGCCCAUGUUCCCGAGGUUACAUGUGAAUGAUACAGAGAAAGGAGGGCCAAGAGCGCCCCCGAGGAACAAGAUGGCCCUUUAUGAGCAGCUCAGCAUACCUUCUCAAAGGUUCAGUUCGGGGAUGUUGCCUCUCAAUACCAAUAAUAGCAGUAAUUUGGUUCCGCCAGCAUCUUCAAACCAGGGGAGUGGAUCCGGCCGGAACGUGUACUUCCCAAUGCACUUACCUCCUUCAACUCCAACUCAUCUUUCCGAGAGAUUGAAUGCUGACAAGUCGGGUGGGGCUAGUCCAGCUAAUCCACUGGUACGAGUGGAACAGAGAAAAAAUGCAGGCGAUGGAGAUGAUUUUAUGGUUCCCGUAUAUGUUAAGUCAGGAACGGGUCAAGGUAAUAACAAGAACAGUAAGGCUAGGGAUAAUGCUCCAAAUUAUACAGAGAAGAUGCACAGCUCCCGCAGUGAUGAUCCAAAAAGAUCUAGCUCAGUAGGUCUUACUUCAAGACAAGAGUUAAACUUAGACGGUUCUGUAAGAUCCUAUAGGAACGUAUCCACUGCAGAGAAUGGUCUUAGAUCAUUGAAGGAAGCUGACGCAUCUCGAAAUCCAGUUCUAGCAAGUUUUAGCACGUCCCGUGGUACAGAUGCACAACUACGGCAAGGGAAUGGAGAUGGGCCACAAUCAGAAGAGCAUGCACAAGAUUUCGAAAGUGACGAAACUUCGAGAGACAUCGAGAAGGGAAUAUCUUCAUGGCCAAGCCGUGAUCUUCGUUUGGGAGAAACCCAAAGAAGUCCACCUGAGCCUAACAGCUUUGGUAAGGAAAACUUAAAUGAGACAUGUGGCACAUUGCUCAUGGUUGACGCUGGCAGAAAUGACGAUGCAUCCGAAGUCUCCAUUGCAGAUUCAGCGUCGGGCUUGGAUAUCUCUCCUGAUGAUGUUGUGGGGAUUAUAGGUCAAAAACAUUUCUGGAAGGCCAGAAGAGCAAUUGUCAAUCAACAGAGAGUGUUUGCAGUUCAAGUCUUUGAGUUGCAUAGAUUGAUAAAGGUGCAGAAGUUGAUCGCUGGGUCACCACAUCUUCUGAUUGAGGAUGCUUCUGGCUUAAGCAAAACUUCUUUAGUCAACUCUCUUGGGAAGAAAUUUUGCGAGGAUCAUAAUGGUAGAUAUCUGUCACAAACUACAAAGCACAAAGAGGAGCCCGAGAAACCUGGCCACCAAAUGGAGUGUUCUGCAGAGAAUGCAGUCGGGAAGACGUCGAUUUCUUCUGUCAAAAGUGCCAAUCAGCUUUCGGAUUAUGGGCCUGGUAUGAGAAACCCACCUCUGGCACCCGUUGUGCCUGAUAUGAAAAUGAGCCCGUGGGAUUACUCUCAGUCAUCAGGGCACCAAUGGUUGAUCCCUGUCAUGUCUCCUUCGGAGGGGCUCGUUUACAAGCCCUAUCCUGUCCCUGGAUUUACGGGAACAGCUUGUGGAGGAUGUGGGCCAUACAACCCUUCUCCAUUGAUGGCGAACAUCCCAAACCCUGCUUAUGGAGUUCCCUUGCAUCACCAUCACCAAGGAUUUGGGUUCCCUUCGGGCGUUCCUCCACCAGGCCAAAGUUAUUUCCCCACGUGCGGUAUGCCCGUCAUGAGCUUCAAUGCUUCAGGUUCAUCUGUAGAACAAACGAACUGGUUUUCUGGACCUGUCCAAUACGGUCAAACGGGCCAAUUAUCCGGAGGGGAAGUUGACAAUAUGCAACAUCGAAAUUCAUCUAACAUACCUAAGAAGAGAAAAGGAUUAGUUGCUCAGAUCAAAUUCCAAGCCAAUAAAGACAGUGAGUUGCAGGUGAGCACGGCGAGCAGUCCUAGCGAGAAACCACCAGAGGGACUUGGAAAUGUCCAAUCCUCGGAGGGGAAAGAAGCACUCCCGCUUUUUCCAGUUGCUCCAGUGAUUUCUGAAGGGGGAUCUCAGCCUCGCGAGGCGGACCAGCCAACAAGGGUUAUUAGAAGUGUGCCUCACAACGCUAGAUCUGCAACGGAGUCUGUGGCUCGAAUAUUCAGGUCUAUACAAGAAGAGAGGAAACAGUUUGACUCCAUUUAGGGGAUCGGCUAACUAUGCUCGUCUCUCAUAAAGUCAUAAACUCAUACUCAUUUGAGUUCUGGAGCGUGAGAGUUUCUGUAUUUGUGUUCUAUUUAUCUUUUGGUCCUUAUAGAUUGGUCUGUAAAUUAGGUAAAUCCUAUGUGGUUCAGACCAGAUUACAUGUGUCAUCACGAUGUUAGUCGCUAAAGGUCUUUCGAUAAGGGCAAGGUAAAUUUUGUUCCAGUAAAUUGGUGCCUAUAUAACGGUACAAUGUAACUUCCGAUCU